AUGGGCAAAAGAAAGUCUCACGAAGUAACAAAAGAAGUCGUAGAUCGACAACCAAAGAUUGUUGAGCAUGUGUCUGAUGGCGAUGAUGAGGAAAUAUCUGAAGACGAAGCCUUUAAUUCUGAAGAUGAACGCAUGUAUGGUCAUUUGUUUUGCCGAGACAACGAGGGCGAAGAGACUGACAGCAGCGAUGAUGCUGAGGAGGAGGACGGAAGUGAUGAUGGUCAAUACAUGCUGGAGCUUCUCAAUAAACUAGGGAAUAGUGCAAGAUCGGAAGAGUCGAAGUCAUCUAGCCACAAGGGGAAGCUAACAUUGGACAACUUGAUGAAAGGGUUGAAUGAUACUCAGGGAUACAACGAACUUCGUGGAUCGCUAAAGAAGGAAGAAAGAGCAAUUUCUGCACCAAUUGAUAAAAAGCACGCCGAUCGGGAACAACGAAACCUUGCAUAUACAGAACAGGUCAAGAACUUGUCUGGUUGGACAACGGUGAUACAAGGGAACCGACAGGCAGAGACUCUGGAUUUUAAACCAAAGACACGGGUGGAAGCCUCAAAGGACUCUUUGGUAAUUGCGUUCGAACCUAGAAGCGAGUUUGAAAACGAUCUACAAGACGCAUUGGAACAAGCAGGCCAAGAGGAUGAACAUGCUAUUCUCCAAAAGGAGGAACGCGCUUUGCAAGAUGAUUUGGGUUCAAAUCGCUUAUCUAUGGAUGAAUACAAGGAAAGACGUAGCCAACUUGCUCAAAUUCGGGCUCUGAUGUUCUACCAUGAGCAAAAGCGACACCAAAUCAAGAAAAUCAAGUCAAAGAAGUAUCGUCGAAUCAGAAAGAAACAAAGGCAACGGCAGCAGGACUCUAUGUUGGAAGCUGCAAUGCAAGUAGAUGGCAAUCUUGCAAACGAAAUGAAACAGAAAGAAGAAAUCUCUCGGAUUCAAGAGCGCAUGACACUAGCCCACAAGAAUACCAGCAAGUGGGCGAAACGUAUAUUGAAACGAGGCAAGAACAUAGAUAUAGAGAGUCGGAAAGCUCUAUCAGCUCAACUGAAAAGAGGGGACGACCUACGAAGAAGGAUUAUUGACAAUGACGAUCAAAACGCAAGUGACGGAGCAUCAGACGAAGAAGAUCUGCUAAAGUCAACCCAAGGCAUCCUUGCUGAUGUCAAAUCGAAUGAUGUAAGCGGAAGCGAAAUGAAUGGGCUCUUCAAGCUGUCAUUUAUGCAAAAGGGAAUCCAGAAGCAGCGUGAUCUAGCAAAAGAAGAAGCACGGAAGCUGUUGACUGAGCUCAAUUCCCACACGAUGGAUGAAGUCAAAUACUCGAAUGCAGACACAAACGUUAAUACCUCAGGAAAAAGAAAAUUUGCUUCGUCACUAGAAAUGAAGAAACAUUUGGCCAGGGGUGAACUGAUGGCGAAAUCUCGUGAAUUUGGUGUUUCCAAUUCACUAGACUCUACCGGUCCAAUAAACGUUUUGCAUGAUUACGAACUUGGUUUGGAGGAAUCGUCAUCAAGGAAAGGGAAUGAACUGAUUCUUGGAAUCACAAAGGAAAACUCCGGAAAGGGAUGCGUGGACAAAAAGCAUGUUGAUAAUCCUUGGACUGGAUCGGUGGAAUACAAAGGGACGGCAAGUUCGAAUAAAGUGGACAAAGACCGUAAAAGUUCAAGAUUGAAUAUGAACCAAACAGUUCUUAAUCUAGAUGCAGUUGCUGAUAUAUUCGAUGCUACGAAGACUGCUGAAAGAGCUUCUUCGAAGACGGAGACUUCAGAGAUGUCGCAGUCAAGGAAGAUUGCACGCUUAAAUCAAGAUGAACUUGUUCAAAGAGCGUUUGCAACGACAGCGAUGGAAGAGGUGACAUCUAAGUUUGAGCAAGAAAUUGAGGCCACUGAUGGCCAAAAAUCCAAAGCUGAUGGCGACCCAAAGGCAUCGAGUGGCUGGGGUUCGUGGGCUGGAGUGGGAGCCCCUCCGCUGCUACAGGCCAAGGGAGAUCGGAAAACUGUGAAGUUGCAGAAAGGUUCCAACCCCCAUGGCAAAAGAAGCGCCAAUGGAAAGCAUGAUGUAAUCAUCAACAAGAAACGACUGAAAAAAGCAUCAGAUGUCUUCAUGUUGGGAGAAGUACCGCACCCAUUUAGCUCCAGGGAAGAGUACGAGCAGGUUAUGUUGGGUGGGAUUGGACGAGAGUGGAAUGUCGCAAGUGCAUACAGAAAUAUGACCCGCCCUGAGAUCCUCACACGAUCAGGCAAAUCGAUUCGGCCGAUAUCAAAAAGUGCAAAGGUGAAGCGCGCUGCAGCUAAGUUCUGA